UUAAUUAGUUGCCGAAAAUGACAACCCCAGAACUCAUCGGAAUGAUACCUUCUCAUGAAAACUGAACCACUCGAAUCGACUCAAUCUGUUCACAAAAAACCAAAACACAAGUCAUCUCGUCUCUCCUUCUUCAACAUCAAGAGCCCUAAAAGUUCCUCUCUUUCCCUUUCAUAAUUUUGGGUUUUUGCCUCCUUGAUCUAAUACACGUCUGUCAUUCUUGAUCUUCUUUACCUAUUUCAAUUCUCGAAAUCGAAAUCUUAUCGAAUCAUAUGCCUACGUGAUCACUUCUUUUCACUCUGGUUUUUUGAUGAUACCCAAUUACCUCAACGUAUUACCCAAAUCAUUAUUUCUUGAUCUCCUUAGUCAAAUUGUAAAGUAAGAUCAUAAAACUAGGUUUCUGUUGGUGUAAAUGGACCACCGCUUCCGGAUACCCUUCAAUUCCCGUGGUUCUUUGCAUGGUGUUUUCAGCCUUGUAUUUCUCGUAUUUUGCUUUCACCAACAGACCCAUAAAUGGAACUACAAGGUUAUCAACCGGGUCGGGUUGCACAGUACUCCACGAAACUUGGGUAUCAAGACCCCACCUGAUUGUACAGGACUAAAUCAACAUGAAGGCUAUGAAAGUGUAUGUGAGUUCUUAUUAGCUAACCCUCAAUGUAAAUCCGAUGGUUUUUUCAAUUACAUGAACUUCUUCUACUGUUCUUGUCAAAACCAUGCUUUCUUUGGUUACAUUGUACUCGUUUUAUGGCUUGCUGCCUUGUUUUAUCUUUUGGGCAACACAGCUGCCGAUUACUUCUGUUGUUCUCUUGAAAAGUUGUCGAAUUUAUUGCGAUUGCCACCAACUGUCGCAGGGGUCACCUUGCUUCCAUUAGGAAACGGUGCCCCUGAUGUAUUUGCUAGCAUCGCUGCUUUUGUGGGCACCGAUAAUGGCGAUGUUGGGCUCAACAGUAUUCUGGGUGGAGCCAUUUUCGUGACGUGUGUUGUUGUCGGGACUAUUUCUAUCUGUGUGGCUGAUCAGGCUGUGAAUAUCGAUAAGAAAUGCUUCAUUAGAGAUGUAUCUGUGUUUCUUUUUGCCGUUGUUUCUCUUGCUUUCAUCUUGCUUAUCGGAGAGGUUAGUGUCGGUGGCGCAAUCGCGUUUGUUUUUAUUUACAUUGUUUACGCCGCCUUAGUUGCCGCUAACGAGUUCUUGAGACUAAGAGAUGGGAUUUUGAACAUUGAGACAAUAAGUGUCCCGUUGUUGGCUGUUACUCAAAUGGAUGAUUACGAAAAUAAAGAUCUUGAAUCAAUAAACAUGUCUUUCACGGAUUCCGAUGAUGUCCCACUCUUGAUUGAAUCAAAGGUUCCACACUGGAUGUGGGGUUCAAACGUGUCAAUUUACUCGGAGGUUCUUGGACAUAUGGAAGAUAACCCAAAGCCUCUUUGGGGAUGGAAGGAUGAAGAACAUAACAACUCACCACUUUCGUGUUCUAAACUAUUUUCAUGUCUAGAAUUCCCGUUAUCGUUGCCAAGACGGUUGACAAUUCCAAUAAUCGAGGAAGGAAGAUGGUCAAAAGGUUACGCUGUCGUCAGCGUAACCCUAGCCCCUUCCCUCCUCGCAUUCCUAUGGAACAACCAGUAUGGUAACAACCGACUAGCUACUGGGCUAAUCUACUUAGCUUGUGCAGUAGUCGGUUGUUUCCUUGGUGGGGUUGCGUUUAUUUUCAUAAACACAAACCACCCACCUCAAAAAUGGGUCCUCCCAUGGGUUGUUGGAGGGUUCUUUAUGAGCAUUGUUUGGUUCUACAUGAUAGCCAAUGAGCUAGUUUCUUUAUUGGUAGCAUUUGGUCUAAUAUUCGGAAUCAACCCAUCAAUCCUUGGGUUAACACUUUUAGCAUGGGGGAACUCGAUGGGUGACUUGAUGUCAAAUGUUGCAUUGGCGGUUAAUGGCGGUGAAGGCGUGCAGAUUGCCAUAUCCGGUUGCUAUGCGGGCCCGAUGUUCAACACGCUUGCGGGUUUGGGGAUUUGUAUGCUGAUUGGAUCAUGGUCAAAUAGACCGGAGUCUUAUAAAAUGGGUGGUGAUGUGGGGAUGUUUUGUAAUAUUGGGUUUUUGGUGGUGGGGCUGGUUUGGUCGCUGGUGGUGUUGCCGAGAAAUGGGAUGCAGCCUAGCAAGUUGUUAGGGAUAGGGCUUAUGGGGAUUUACGUGGUGUUUCUUGGAACUCGAUUAGGGAUGUCAAUCGGUGAUGGAUCACUAGAUAAUACUGGCUGAACAGACUGUUGUCAACACGUAGAUAUGUUUUUUUAGUGUAUAGUUUUGUUGUUUACUUUACUCACGUAGUUGUUUUUGGGUUAACUGAGAGUCUAUUUGUAGUUCGAUUUGUAUAGUUGGAUUGGAUCUUUGUACCAA